AUGGGACACUCGUACAGUCCCUUUAUUAGCCACCUAAAGACAUUCUUAUCGCACAAACCCGACUUUCUAUGCUUCACCUCGAGUAACACCCCGCAGAACCUCACCAUGGGCUCCAGGCCGAUUCGUAUCGCCGGUGCCUCCGGCUCCGCAUCUGACCGUCGCCAUGCCAUUGCUGAGUUCGCUCGCAAUUAUCCCCAGGAUCCCGUGGACGUCAUAAUUGCCGAUUUCAUGAGCGAAGCUAAUAUGGUAGUCGCUGCUGGGCGUCGCGUGGACUCGGAGAUAGCACGGGGAAAGUCGAACUCGGAUGCCGCAGAUCUUCUGCCCGGAUAUGAGCCUUCUUUCCUCCUGGCCUUGCAGCCGGCGCUGGAGGACUUGGCCAAGUACCGGAUCAAGCUUGCGGUCAAUGCGGGAAACACAGACACAGAGGGGCUAUACAAGGUGGUUGCGCAGAUGGUUCGUGCGAAGGGGCUGGAUUUGAAGGUAGCGUGGGUAUCCGGCGAUGAGGUCUUGUCAACCGUGCAAUCAGCCCUGGCGACUGGGAAAUCGACGUUCAAGAAUAUCUAUAACAACGAAGUAUUGACGAGUUGGUCCUUUGAGCCAAUCUUUGCGCAAUGUUACCUAGGAGGUUUGGGGAUCGCUGCUGCCCUUGCUGAAGGGGCAGACAUCGUGCUCUGCGGACGAGUGUCCGAUGCGUCUCCAGUCAUUGGAGCGGCGUACUGGUAUCACCAGUGGGAGCGGCAUAAUCUCGACCAGCUAGCGAAUGCGUUUGUCGCGGGUCAUCUCAUCGAGUGCAGCAAUUACGUUUGCGGAGGAAACUUUACCGGCUUCAAGGACCUCGAGACACUCGGCGAAGAUGGCUGGACAAACAUCGGCUACCCCAUUGCAGAGAUAUCAGCAGAUGGAAAAGUGAUCAUCACAAUGCAAUCGUAUGCCAAAGGAGGCACCGUCACCGUCGACACCUGCUCAUCGCAACUUCUGUAUGAGAUUCAGGGCCCCUGGUACUUCAACUCCGACGUCACUGCCAUUCUAUCAGACAUCCACUUCGAACAAGUAGGCACCAAUCGUGUCGCCCUCCACGGCGUCCGUUCCUCUCCGCCCCCUCCAACAACGAAAGUCGGCAUCACAGCUCGCGGCGGCUUCCAAGCCGAAGCCACCUGGUUCCUCGUGGGCCUCGACAUCGACGCUAAAGCCCGCAUGCUUGAAGCCCAGAUUCGUCGCCUCCUCCAUCCCUACAGCUCAAAGUACACAUCCCUCAAGUUCUCAACCCUAGGCACCGCCCCACAGAACCCUAAAGACCAAAAUAGCGCCACCGUCACCUUCCGCGUGAUAGUCCAGGCCCGGCAAGCCGAAGACAUUGCGCCAAACCACUUCCUUCGCCAUAUCACCGACAACAUCAUGCAGGGAUACCCGGGAGCAACCUUCCACCUCGACCUCCGACAGGGCUUUCCAAAGCCCAUCUUCGAAUACUACGUUACUCUCCUCUCGCAAGAAGACAUCAAGCACCGCGUGCAUCUCCCUUUCAAAAACGACACAAUCCUCGACAUAGCUCCUCCACCGAAGACAACGACCUACCCACCCCGCCAACCCUCCCUACCAAACACCCUAAAACCCGUCUUCCCCUCCUCAUCCUUCGGCCCUACGACCCCCGGCCCGCUAGGCCUCCUCGUGCACGCCCGCUCCGGCGACAAAGGCCCCGACGCAAACUGCGGCUUCUGGGUCCGACACGGGGACGAAUUCGCCUGGCUGCGGUCCCUCCUCUCGACUGCAAAAAUACAAGAACUGCUCGGCGACGAGUACAAUGCAAAGCCGGACCUGGAGAUUGAGCGCUUCGAGCUGCCAAACCUGCGCGGUGUACACUUUUUGUUCCGCAAUUUGUUGGACAGGGGCGUGUCGAUUACGACGACCGUGGACUUUUUGGGGAAGAAUGUGGCGGAAUUUUUGAGGGCGAGGUGGGUGGAUAUUCCGGUGCGGUUCUUGAAUCGGGGGAGGUUGUAG